AUGGCCACAACUUCCGAAAACCUUCGUGAGCAGUUCCCUGAUCUGCUGUGGAAGAAAUUGCCUUCUCCAGAGGAACACCCUGCCUACACUUGGCAUGGUUUUGAGCCCAACAAAAAAGUCCUGCUAGAAAAGGGUCAUACUCGUUGGCCUAGCCGACUCCCGUUCUCCGUUGACACCAUUAUGGAAAGGGACGUGGCUGUGCCUAUGCGCGAUGGUAUUAAGAUUUACGUUGACAUCUUCCGCCCGGCAAAUACGGACGUGGAUGAGAAAGUCCCUGCUAUCCUCGCGUUUAGCCCAUAUGGCAAGACGGGUACUGGUGUACCCAACUACGACAUCAUGGGACCCAAUCGUAUUGGCCUUAAGCUUGAGGAUACGUCCGGAUAUGAAAAGUUUGAGGGCCCUGACCCUGCGACUUGGAUGCAGUAUGGAUAUGCCAUAAUCAAUGUUGAUGCCCGAGGUGCAGGGAAGUCUGAAGGCGACGUGGUCUUCUACGGCCCGCAGGAAGCUGAAGAUGUUUAUGAUACCAUCGACUAUAUUUCUAAGCAGUCGUGGUGCAGCGGUUCGGUUGGAAUGGCUGGCAACUCGUGGUUAGCUAUCUCGCAGAUCAAUUUCGCGUCGCGUCAUGAGCAUCCAGCACUGAAGGCGCUGGCCCCUUGGGAGGGUCGACACGACGUAUAUCGAGAUACUCUCGGUAGAGGGGGAAGAAGACAUAACCCUGGCCUACACAGGUUUCUCUUGUCGGGCUUUGCUGGUGCAAAUUCAGUGGAGAAUAUGCCAGAGAUGUUCACUAAACGGCCCUUUUUCGACGAUUACUGGGAAAGCAAGUACAUACAUACAGAGAACAUCAACGUUCCAAUGUACCUGCUGGCCUCUUUCUCCUCCCAACUCCAUACUCGUGGAUCUUUCCAUACUUUCCGCACGGCGAAGACAUCAAAAAAGUGGCUUCGAGUCCAUCCAAAUGCAGAUCUCAAAAGGUUCUACGACCGAUUCCUGAAAGGUAUCCAAAAUGGUUGGGAAACGGAUACUCCUCCUGUUCGCUUAUCUCUUCUUGGAUUCGAAGCAGAUGGUAGUCUCACUAAGUCCAUCGAGGAACGGCCAGAGCAGGAGUGGCCCUUGGCUCGACAGCAGCUCAAGACAUUAUACCUUGAUUCCACAUUGAAGCAGCUCGUAUGGGAGAAGCCAGCCAUAGAGGGGUCAACCACGCACCUUGCCGAAGGUCUCACGGAUAGCUCGAAUUUUACCAUUCAUUUUCAGCAACAGACAGAAAUUGCUGGUUAUGCAAAGGUCAAGCUCUGGAUAUCAUGCAAGGAGCACGACGACCUUGACGUCGCAGUUCAGAUCCGCAAGAUCUCAACAGACGGCAGAUUACUCGAACAUCUCAACUACCCCUGUCCUGUACCAGUCUCUGAAGUUAGAAAUGACAACAUCGCAAAGUGCCUUGGCCCUCAAGGUUUCCUUCGCGCUUCACACCGAGUUACUAAGGAUAUGGAGCUAUCAACAGACCAAGAGGUAGUCUAUAAACAUGAUAGGCGGGAACCUGUUCCUAUGGGUAAAAUCGUGGAUUUGGAAAUUACUCUGUGGCCGAUGGGUAUGGUAUUUGCGCCGGGUGAGGGUAUUAUGCUGCGUGUGGCAGGGUAUGAUAUGUGCUAUCCUGAUACGGACAGGAUAAAGCCGGCAUAUGAUAACAACGAAAAUAUUGGUAAUCAUACAAUCUACAGUGGUGGGAAAUACGAUUCCCAGUUAAUCCUGCCGUUUAUUUAG